CUCUACCUCACACAAAAGCAACAACUGAACAAUCAUAUCAUUCAAAAUGACAACCGAAAAAACAGCCCUCUCCCUCUCCGCCCUCACCUCCCUCGGCGGCAUAAUCGGCUACGCGCGCACCGGCUCCGUCCCCUCCAUCGCAGCAGGCGUCUCCAUCGGCGCCCUCUACCUGUACAGCUACACGCGGCUGCAGGCGAACCAGCCCUACGGGGAUGAACUAGCGCUGCUCGCUUCGGUCGUGCUGGGGGGCAGUUCGAUCCCGAGGGCGAUCAAGACGGGGAAGGUUGUUCCGAUUGGGUUGGGCGGGUUGGCGCUUGUUGGGGGGGUGGUUUUUGGGAGUGCGGUUUGGAAUCGGAGGUGAUUUGUCUAUCUAUCUAUCUUAUCUUCGUUUUGGUUUGGAGGGUUUGUUUGUGUUAUUUAUGUGUG